AUGGUCAACGAGGAGCUCAUUAUUGAUGGUCAACGAGGAGCGUUGGAUUGGCCGUGGCCAUUGUUGAUCGACAACGAGGUUAAGGCCCUUGGUUGCACUCCUGUCCGCAUUACUGAAGUCAAUGCCCAUCUUCAGCUUCCAUCCAGUCUUGUUUCUUACCUCUUGUUGCACAUUGCACUUUGUCAAAGAUAUCAUAAGCGUCCUCCAGUGGAAGACAUCUUUGGCUGGCUGUCACUAAUCCUAGUCCUCUUCGUCGAGUAUAACCACCUCCUCCCGGAUGCCAGACCCCUUCGCUCUCCACUCAUGGCUUGGACUAUUAGCUUUAGCCAAUGAG